GCUGCUCCACCGCCCGCUUCCUGGCACCACCUGAGUACCGGCUCUCCGCCGACGAUGAACGCUGUAUGACUUAGGAUGCUGUUGCUUUUCCCAAACAGGCCAAGCAAACGCAACUCUUUUACUCUGCAAAAAACGAUGCGAGAGGCCGACGAGGGGAUGGUGAAGCAGUGCUUCGGCGAGUGGAAGGGCAGCCCUCAGAAGUCCAGGGCCGCGGAGAAGCCAGAUGAACCAGCUCUGGACAGCAAGGAGGCCUCCUCCUCCAGCAGCAGUAGCACCAACCCCCCCGGAAAAGAGAAUGAAUUUCGCACUGACGUUCUGAAGCAGAUAGAUACCUUCACGUGCUCCGACCGGUGUAGGCUCUCCUUCGCUUCCUGUAAAUUACCGCGUGAACUGCAAGCAAAGAUGGAGGCGGAGAGCGAGGAGAGCAGGUCCCAGGCGUGCAGCGCAACCAAGGUUCCAGCGGAAACCACGGUAGAGCCUCUUAGCUUGUGCUCCUCCGCGGCGAGGAAGAGGACCUCGCGGGAUGGUGCGUCCGGCGCCCCCGUCAACAAGCGAAAGUCGCUACUGAUGAAGCCGCGUCACUACAGCCCGAGCGAGGCCUGCGAGGAUGAGAGCGAGGACCUGGCAGCGGCGCGGGACAGAGCCGACGUGCCGAGCCCCAACACUCCAGCAGAUGGAAGCAUAAAUACACCAGAUGAGACCCUCUCCAAGAGCACCUUCCAAGAAACUAUAUCAAAGACCCAUUAUUCACAAAACUGGUCUGGGGAUGUGGAUAAUGAAGCCCCCCCCUUCGAGGCUGGCGCUUCUGGCACCCCAGAGGACAAAGAGGGGGAAGAGGAGGCUGGAGAGCAGGGGGAGGGGGGCCAGGCUGGCAGGGGGGUGUCUGACUCAAGUUACGCCCCCUUGCGGCACCAAGAGCCACGUUUUGAUGGUAGUGCCGUGGAUUGGGACAGCCCACCUCGCAUCUGCAGGGUUAAUGGCGUUCAGGGCCUCACAAAGACCCCCAAAGACUCCCCCAGCAACAUGGUCGAGGAGGGUCAGUGUGACAGAGUUGGGCCCGACUCGGUCCAGGACGGCUACUUGGGCAGAGCCAGCGCCUUCCAUCCAGGAGGGCUAAGCUACGGGAGGGACUCUAGUGACAGCGAGGAGGAACCCGAGGAGAUCCAUGCGGAGGACGACUGGCGGGCUGUGGUCGCGGAGAAGCACUUACUGGACCGGGGACGGCUCAACCUGAGUCUGAUGGAGCAGGCCUUGGCCGCCCAGUCGGAGCAGAGACAAGUCCUCCAUAACGCCUACAAGGAGAUGGACAGGUUCCUCUUGGAGCAGAUGAGCAGUGAGAGGAGACAUCAAAGGCUUCUGGACAUGGAAGCUCGCAGUGGAUACAAUGGAAGCAAAGAUUCUCCUCGCUCCGAUAAGAAGGACAUAAAAUGCCCAACGCCCGGCUGCGACGGAACGGGUCAUGUGACAGGGCUCUACCCCCACCACAGGAGCCUGUCGGGGUGCCCCCAUAAAGUUCGAGUUCCCCCAGAGAUCCUGGCAUUACACGAGAACGUGUUGAAAUGUCCCACCCCCGGCUGUACGGGCAGAGGCCAUGUGAACAGCAACCGCAGCACGCACCGGAGCCUCUCAGGCUGCCCCAUCGCCGCCGCCGGGAAGAUCUCGAAACCAUCCGAGGACAUUUCCAAAUGUGGCCAAGUUCCUGACCCCUUCCCCAGGACCCCAAGCUUGCUGAGGAAGUUUGAAUUCAAGCACUAUAACUACCGGCUGGGUCACCCUGUGUCCUCCCUGCAAGCCAGCCUGGCCAAGGACCUGGACAAGUACAGCAAGAUCCGCUUCGACCACGCCAGCUUCGAUGCGCAGGUCUUCGGCAAACAGCCGGCGACGCCGUCCGGCCAGGAUGUCGAGAUUCCUCACUUCGGCGAGCCCCCCCCCCAGUAUCCCGGUCUGCUGACCCCGGGCGCCCGUCUCCCUGUCCCCCGAGGCCUCAGUCCCGGCCACUACGCCCCGACCGGUGAAGACUUUCAGGCCACGGCUGCCACCAACGCCAUCCUCAACCUGUCCACCCGCUACCGUAGCAACGGGGACCCCUUGGCGGCCCGGGCGCUGGGCCCCUCCACAAAGGACGGCCUCAUAGAGGUCGACGAGAACGGCACGCUGGACCUCAGCAUGAAGAAGAAUCGAGACAGUGCCAAAGCCCCACCACCGCCACCCCCGGGGGAGUCACUGCCCACCCCGGCGUCCUCACCCACUAAGUCCGCCAGCGUCCGGGGGACCCCCGCCUUCUUCCAGGCGCUGUGCGAGCAGGACACCUGGGACACGCCGCUGAAUUACAGCAAAGUGCACGCCGCACCAGACCGCGAGAAGGACGACCUGGACAGCAUGGCACUGGAGGACAGAAAAUACCAUGGGGACAUUAGCCUGCUGAGCCCCAAGUCCAAGAUCCUCUCAAGAGAUAAUAAGAAGGAGCUGAUGAGCUGCCCGACUCCAGGCUGUGAUGGAAGUGGCCAUGUUACGGGAAAUUACGCCUCUCACCGCAGUGUUUCUGGCUGCCCGUUGGCUGACAAGACUCUCAAGUCGCUGAUGGCAGCCAAUUCUCAGGAACUCAAGUGCCCAACACCUGGUUGUGACGGCUCUGGUCAUGUGACAGGAAAUUACGCCUCCCACAGAAGCCUGUCGGGGUGCCCCCGUGCACGGAAGGGAGGGAUGAAGCUCACACCAAACAAAGACGACAAAGAGGACCAAGAAAUGAAAUGUCCAGUAAUUGGUUGCGAUGGCCAAGGCCACGUACUGGGUAAAUAUACAUCCCAUCGCAGUGCCGGAAGCUGCCCCAUUGCUGCCAAGAGACAGAAGGAGAGCGCUAUUAAUGGAUCUGCCUUCUCCUGGAAGGUCUGCAAACAGGAAGUGCCCCACUGCCCACUGCCAGGCUGUAAUGGUCUAGGUCACGCCAAUAAUGUAUUUGUCAGUCACCGAAGUCUGUCUGGGUGCCCGCUGAACGCUCAAACCAUCAAGAAGAAGCUCUCAGGGGACGAGAUGAUGACCAUCAAAGUGAAAGCAAGCAGUGGCAUAGAGGGAAAUGAAGACAUGCAACACCUGGACAACGAGAUCAAGGAGCUGAAUGAAUCCAAUCUGAAGAUAGAGGCCGAUAUGAUGCAGCUGCAGACCCAGAUCUCCUCCAUGGAAUGUAAUCUGAAGACGAUCGAGGAGGAGAACAAGAUGAUCGAGCAGCACAAUGACAGCCUCCUGAAGGAACUGGCACGCCUCAGUCAGGCUCUCAUCAACAGCCUGACCGACAUCCAGCUGCCUCCAAUGGGGCCCAUCUGUGAGCAGAACUUCGAGGCCUACGUGAACACACUGACCGACAUGUACAACAACUCGGAGCACGACUACUCGCCGGAGUGCAAAGCUCUCCUGGAGAGCAUCAAGCAGGCAGUCAAGGGCAUCCAUGUGUAAGCCCCGCCCCCCGCCCUCCCACCAGCACCACGGCGCACCUUAGAGUCCCUUCAUCCCAGUAAGGAGCACUGGUUGCAUGUUCAAGAGACUUUUCGGGAUGCAUUUUCUGUUUCACAGCAAACAUAUUGCACUGAAUAAAAUCAUACCAGCCGUGAUAUGUUAAGGACUUAAAAAGCAAUUUGCAUUACUUAUUUAUGUGACGAAUUUUUAUCCCCUUGCACUUAAUUUUCCUGUAUUGUUUGCUGUAAUCGACUUCUGUAUUUAUUUGUAUGUAUUACACAUUAUUAUUUAUUGUCUUAAUUUAUUUUCCCACCCAAUGUUCUUCUUGUUCCUCUUCCUAUUAUUAUUAUUAUUAUUAUUAUUAUUGUUACUAUUAUUAUUAUUUAUUAGCUCCUACAACUGAUCAUUUUUAAAAAGAACUUUUAAAACCAUACAGCUGCUAACUUGAUGUUUUGGACAGCAGCCUGACUCUCCGCACACUGUAAAUAUUUUAGCACCUUCCAUUCUAAGAUAUUUCUCAUAGGGCUUUUUUAUAUUACGUUACGUCUUUUAUUAAGAAAAAAAAAACAAAAACGUCAGACUUAAUUUCUGCCUAAAUUAUGGUUCGUUGCUGCCACCUAGUGGCGAUGCAUCCUCCAGUCUUUAAGUGAAGCAGACGUGCGAAAUAACUCGCUGGGAAUCAUCGUUUUGGAGAACGUUAGAGAAACGGUUUCAGCAGCAUAAGUUGUAUAUUUGAAAUCCACACGGAGUCUCACACGGAGUUAACAGCAGCAUUCCUCUCCUGUUUUUGAUUACCCGAAUGUCUGAUUUAGCCUCCGAGCUGAGGCGCUGGGUCCUGAAGCUACCAGACCGUAACAUCACAGUCUAGGUCUUUAUUUUUGUCUUGAACUAUAUUGAUAUGAACUGCCUUUUGUGUGCACACGUGUGUGUGCAUAUAUGUGCCUAACUGUAAAUGUGUACAUGAAACAUAGUUUUCACUGUUUUGUGGUACAAUAGUAUUAUGUGAAAUGGUGUCUAAUUUAUUAUACAGUACAGUUAUUUUUAAAAGAAAAGAAGUAGUGAGGUUUUUUUUCUAGCUUGAAAGCGCUACAGUUUUUACUGCAUCCUAGAUUUAUAAUCACACAGUCUAGUAGGAUACCAUACAGACCGCCAGAUCGCUUAAAGUGCCACAGGUGGAUCUAAUCCGUACGGAAUUUAAAUUUGUUAAAAUUCCCACCUUUGGAAAGUUUUCGAAAGUAGAAUAAGAUUGAUGUGAAUUAUAACCUGAUGGAUUGCUCUGUGAGGCUCAGAUUCAACUGGCAUCCUGGUUAUAAAAUGAGCCGCAGUGUAAUUGGGGAUAUGGUUUCCGCGGGUUCCCCACGGUGACAAUUACGCCUGUGGUUCGAACCGACCAUGUGGACAUAAACUGUGCUUUGCAGUUCUGUACUGUAUUCAACGGCUUUAAGACACACCUGAGGAUAUUGACGUUAGUCUGUAUGUAUGAAAGCUGAAAACGGCUAUUUUUAUUUCCAGUUUUUCACACAUUAUAAAGGAAAUCCUGCAUUUCACAUCCCGGAAUGCCCGAUCAGAGGCUCUGCUCCUAAAGAAAGUUUUGCCAAGGUUUCAUUUUUUUAAAUGUGUUUAUGAAUUAUUAUUAUUAUUUUACUCUUUCCUGUGGAGAAAGCUGGAGUUACGACUAUCGUUUUAUCUCCGACAAACGACACGCGGUCGUCCGGCGCGUGCAGAACACCGCCGCGCGCGGAACCAUGAUCCUGUUUUAGUCACUUUUUAAUUACAGGGUUUCCGCAGAUGAUAAGAUUGCAUUUGCCAAAUGAAGAUAAUGUCGUUAUUCGUGUAGGAAACGCUCCAAAAUAUGUAUGCAACUCAACGUACUGAUAAGUUUCACAGUGCUCCUUGAAUGUCGUUUACUUUUUUUUUUUUUUUUAAAAAAAAGAUCGUCUUGUUUUUAACAGGAUUAAAAUGCCGCCGUUUGUGUUUGUAAAGAUGACUCAGUUUAAAUGGAACCCUUUUUCCAACUUCUGUAGUACGCCAACCCAUAAAAACAGGUAUUAAGAACCACAGACAACCUUUCAAUGUUUUACUGGAAUUACUCAUCCGAUAUGUAAUUCACCUUAAAGUAAAUAACAUUUUACUUUGAUGUAUUGAACUGUUAUUUCCACUGUAUAAUAUUUAAACAUUCAACUGAAUACAAAACCUUUGAUGAUGGUUUUAUUACAUGUUAAAUUUUUUUUUUCCAAGAACGUGUUGGUUAACCUUGCAAAACUGCUACACAAUGAGGUAGACUAGGCCUAUACAUUUUCCACUAUUUAAAUUAAUGAAAUAUGUCUAUAAAACCUUCCACCUGGAUGAACAAUGGCUUAAUGCAAAGAAAUGUUUUAUUUUAUACAAAAAGAAUCAACUCAUUAAAUUGUAAUUUUAAUAAACUUUAUCAGCAAUUUUGUUGAAAUUCAUGAUAACUGUAUAACUUUAUAAUUCUGCUUAUUUAUUUGUAAUUGUUAAUAUUUAAUUUAUAUGCCACGUAUUGUUUGCUCAGGAAGUUUUGUGAAGAAUAUUUAUUUUUUCCCUGUUUGUACUUGAUGUGUUUUGUAACGUGACCUGGAUUUUGUGUCGAACGAUAUUGGUACUAUGAGACUGUAUUGUAAAUUAGUUAAUUUCUUUUUAAUUAAAAUGAGUUAUGCUUUUUUUUUCAUUUCAGGUAGUUUGUAUAUGGAGGUUUCCCGAAACUUUUACUAUUUCAGAACAGAUAUGCGCUGUGUUGUACAGUUUGUGUAUGGUAGAAAUAAAACUUUUCAAAUGGUC